AUCGAAACACCAAAUUGUGGACGAUCGCCAAUGUAGACGGACCGAUCUAUAGGUGCAUGUUCGACGAUACAGCAGCCUCAACUUUACAAUAUGGUGAAAGUGAAAUCGAUGGGAAGACUCUAUACGGCAGCCUCUAAAACCAGGACUGGUCGCAUACUCGGCGUAUCAAAACGCUUAGUAUGGUUUCUCGGAUGUAUAGUGAUUUGUAUAAUCAUAUCGGUUACCAAUAUAACUGGGCUGUCAGGAAUACCUAUUGUGAUAGAGACGGGGAUUAACCCCUUCGACCUGUACCUCUUUGAAAAUGGGAACGUCACUGACACAGACUACUACUACCUGGCGGACAUGCUGAAUCGUACAGAUGAUGCCCUCCGUGCGAUAGACAUUCCUUACUCGAUCAGUUCUGGGAGUUUGUUGGGACUGUGCAGGCAUGGGGGUCCAAUCCCUUGGGACGAUGACGCGGAUAUUGUUGUGCCGAAGACCGACUUUUUCACUGCAAUUGAACACAUAAACGCUACACUCGCUCCACAUGGAUACACUGUGCUGUUUCAAGCGCCGGCGAGUAAGAACAACCGCAAGGUCAAAGCCAAACUGUUCCCCACCGAUGGCACACCUGUCAAGUCAAGAACAUGCAGAUUGUACGGCGAGGGCUGCUAUCGGUAUCCAUUUAUAGAUAUCUUCGUAUACUUUGAAGAGAAAGGCCAACACGAGGAAACCACAAUACGAAUGUCGGACAAGGAGCUGGCCAAUGUGCCAAGCAUCCACACCAAAGAAACUGUGCCAGUCCUGUACCACUGGCCAGGCGGCUACACAUCCCACACCCGCGCAUUCACGGGAGCGCCUGCUAUUGUCCGAGCCAUGUAUGGGGAGAACUACGACGACGUGUGCGUCAGUAGAGGCUACAGCCAUAAACUGAAUAGUCUCGCUGAAAAGUACAAGACCUUUGGGCUGACCUGCCAGCAAUUGCGGACGCUGAAACCGCAUAUCAAAUUUUCCGAUGGAUCUCUAUGCUCUGGCGUUGCUGAGUUAGCGAACGAUAAUAAAUAUUAAAAGCAAAAUUGGU